AUGCGGCUGUACAAGGCCAAACGGGAGGGUCUCUCGUUCUGGCCCUUUGGCCGCCAGACCGGGCCAGAACAUGAGAAAUUGUCGGAGGAAUCGGCGGUCGUCGACGAAGUGACCUUAGGGCCAGAUGGGGGAAAGAGAUUCGGAAUCAAGUCCUAUCUUCAUCACUUCUAUCUGUCCCCCACUGUCGAAGAUAUCGAAGGGAAUGCAUGGUAAGGAAUUCAAAAAUGAUGAUAUAAUAUUUAAAAAUAUAAUAAAUGAAGUCAAGAAAUAAAUAAAUUUUCAGGUAUCUGCUGCCUCCACCACCGGCGCAACGAAUGAGUGUUUACAUCUGUCGAGUUGUUACUUUGAUUGGGCUCUUGUUAUUGCUAGCCGGAGCUGGAAUGAUCAUCGUUGGCUACACAUGGAAGCCGCGAAACAGUGUCGAGGAAUCCUUGAUGAAGAUCGCGAUCAGUCAAGAUGAAGAUGGCAACUUUUAUAUCCCACCCGAACGCUUCAACGAAGUCUUGAGGGAUCCGAUGCAUGACUGGAAGAUGGCUGGGUUCUGCUUGUUCGCUUCUGGAGCUGCAUUCAUGGCAUUAAGUCUCCUGGUUCCAACAUGCGCCCAUGUGUUUGGCGGAAAGAAAUUGGCAGCAUUUGUGAGUGAGGACAACACCCCCAACGAACCGCCGGUCAGAAUCUACCCAUCGAUGGGCAACCGAUUCAAAAUCUCUCCCACCAAAUUGGCCGGAGCUCACAAGAUCUCCCCAACAAGGUAACGUAAUCAUUGCGUAAUGCAGGCGUCACUUGUUUCCAGAACGAUAACGUAAUUCUCAAAACACACUUGUGGCGUUCUUUAAUACUUUUUAGUCUCCAAAAAGUAAUGUAUACACUCCUGCCAGAUGUCCGAAAAACAAUCGUGGCUUGUCUUGCCCUUUAAAUCGUGUAGUUCUAUAGCUUGCAGGAGACUUUCGUUUAAUCACCAGGUAGUAUUUCGAAUUUCUUUUUUUGAGAAGUUACAAUUAUGUACGGAUAUUAAAAAAAUAACAUAGAUAAGUAAACAAGAUAUUAUUAGUAAAAAAAUGAUGACAUAAUUACAAAAUUUGUCGUUACUUAUCGCAUAAUUUAGCGGCCCUGUGCCCGUUAUGGAAGAGAUCGCCAAGGUUCAACCGGGCAAAAAAUCGAAUCAGUCAUCGCCAAUCCAGCCCGUCAACGACUUCUUGACUGGCUCACCUCAAGAACCUCUCCUCAAAUGA